AUGGAGGUGUCACCAGCCAACUGCCGCCAGUCGCACCACAUGGGCCCCGCCACAUCCACCGCCACCGCCACAGCCAGCUCAACAUGUUGGAGACAGCUCCAGAGGUGCCCCCCAGUUACUGCUUUGCCACUUUAUCUGAGAGCUGCUGCCAGCAGCCACCUCCUGGGAGAUGAAGUAUGGAAUGACGUUAAUAGCGUGAUGAGGAUGGAAGGUAACGUGGCGCCAGCAGCUGCCCCUGCGGCUGCCACCCCCAGCAACUCGUCCGGCCGGCCGGCGGCCGCGUCGCCGCGCUCUGCAGAGGCCGUCCUCGGCCUCCAGACGCUGCCUCCAGCUCCAGCGGACGGCCUGUCCGGAGAGGAGUGCGCGCGCCACGUGCGCCAGCGGCUGGCGGCGGCCGAACUGCUGGACAGGGGGCGUCCGCUGGCCAGCGAGUUCGAGCUGGUCGCCUUCUCGCACUUCACGCUGAGCCGCGUCUACCCCGUCGAGCUGGCGCUCGGAAAGCGCGUCGUCGAGAAGCCCAUCGGCUUCCGCCGCAGGGACCUGCUGGAGGCGCUCAACAAGGCGCUGGAGACGCUCAACAGCAGCAGCUCGGGCGGCGGCGGCGGCCGGCGCUACUCGCUGGAGGACUUCUCGGAGGGCGUGUACCGCACCGAGCCGACCACGGGCACGCAGUACGAGCUGUACUUCCGCGCGGGGCGGCCGGGCGCGGCCCGCGUGUCGCUGGCGCGGCCGUUCGCGCCCCUGCAGGCGCUCGCCGUGGAGCCGGUGCCGGCGGCGGGCCGCGACAAGCCCGUGGUGCACGUGCUGCUGCCGCUGGCCGGACGCACCGCCGCCUUCCGCGCCUUCAUCGACAAGUUCGUCCGCAUCGCUCUCCGCAACGACCGCAGGGUGCAGCUGACGGUGGUGUACUUCGGCGAGGAGGGCCUGGCGGAGGCGCGCGCCGCCAUGUCCCGGGCGCAGCCGCUGCGGUUGCUGGCGCUCAACGAGUCCUUCUCCCGCGGCCGCGGCCUGCGGGUGGCCGCCGAGCGCGCCGCCCCCGGCCGCCGCGACGCGCUGCUCUUCAUGUGCGACGUCGACGUCGUCUUCAGCGCCCGGUUCCUCGACCGCUGCCGCUGGAACGCCCGGCCGGGGAAGAAGGUGUACUACCCGAUCGUGUUCAGCCUGUACAACCCGCACGUGGUGUACACCCUGCAGGGCCGGCCGCUGCCCCCGGAGGCGGAGCAGCUCGUCAUCUCCAGAGACACCGGCUUCUGGAGGGACUUUGGCUUCGGCAUGACCUGCCAGUACAGGUCUGACUUCCUGAAGGUGGGCGGCUUCGCGGAGGACGUGGUGGGUUGGGGCGGCGAAGACGUCUCUCUGUACCGCAAGUACGUCCGCUCCAGCCUCAAGGUGGUGCGAGCCACCGACCCAGGCAUCUUCCACCUCUGGCACCCCAAGGAGUGCGGCCGGCGGCUGCCCGCGGACCAGUACCGCGCCUGCCUGCGCUCGCGCGCCCUCAGCGAGGCGUCGCACGCCCAGCUCGGCUUCCUCGCCUUCCGGGACGAGCUGACCCCCGCCCUCGGCGGAGUCGGAAACGUCAGCAGCGGCAGCCACAGCGGGCAGCCCGCCAGGAGGGCGUGACGUCAGCACAGGCGCACAGCGGGCCCAGCCGGGGCGGGUGGGAGCCAGCCCAGCUGCAAGAGUGGUAGGGUGUGGAGGCGAGCGUGAGGAAGGUCGGGCAGUGGGUCUGGGGAAAGCUUGAGGACAAACGAGUGUGCACUGGGCCAAAGACCACUCAAAGAAACCGAGCAACUGAACGUGAUACUCAUUCGUAGGAUUCUGUGGCCAAUUUCACCUGCAAAUCCACCUGAGCAUUACACCUUAUUGCACUAUAAAAUGAAAUAAAAAUAUGGAAGCGUGUUUUGGACAUCUUUUGGGUCAUCUCCACUGCAUCUAGAGUGCUGGUUCCUGAACAAUUAAUGAUAUCUCAGCCCAGUUCUCAUAUGGCAGUCAGUUGGAGUGUGUAUCAAGUCAAAGAAGAUAGAUAGACUGAUUUAAUUCUACCAGACAAAUAUCAAUGAUUGGCAGAGGACAGAGAAGAAGCUGAGUGUUGGCAUUCAAGAAAUGAUGCUGCAUUCCCGCCGGCUGACACGUUUUUCUGCUAGUAUGAUGGAAGUUUAUUGUUUCAAGAUAACAUUUACGUAAAACUUAUAUUUGCCUAUACAACAGAGAUGACUGAGAUGGUUCAUCAAACCUUCCACGUUGGUAUUGGCUGUCUUUGCUAUAACAUGCUUUACAAGUAACAGUAAGGCAAAAUGUCAGGUAUCAUACCACUAAACACCAUUCCUGUCUCUUGAUUCUGUACCAAUUAGCCAUGAGAACGUGAGAACUACUAAUGCGGUUGAAGAAGGACUCAGGCCAUGGCAUUAUAACCUGGCAAGAGGGAACAAGUGUAGUAUGUAGUCCGACGAGAGCAAGAAAGCGACAAAACUGGCACCUUCACUAUUAUGCACCUGUCUCUGGUUACAACAAAUCUCUUACCUGUUGCAUGCACCUGUCACUGCUUAUGACAAAUCUCUUACCUGCUGCAAUACAGACACACUAUUCCCAAACUAAUGGUUGACUUGAACAGAAGCAGUGAGUUGAAAUGUAAGUAUCCAUUUAGGAGUACUGCUUAUUCUCUUAAGGCACUACACACAUAUACGUGACUCACAUGCUCCUUUUUAUAAUAAAGAGUAUAGCAAAUGUUUCACAUUUUGUUGUAACAAUAAUACAAUAAAGAGUGUGAACUACAAAUCGCUUCUAUGAAGCACCUACAGUCACAAGACCCGUUGAAGAAAUGACAACACUUAAGGAUAUUAUGUACUUGGAAAAAGUUGCCAAAUGAAGGAUAUUUCUCUAGCAAAGAUUACAGUAUAUGUAUACCAAUGCUAUUCUCCCAUAUUAAAAUAGUGGAUCACUGAGCUAAUAAGUAAUAAUACGGAGAGGGAGGGGGGAUGCAAGAAGACACGAUGAAACAGAAAACAAAUUUUAGGUUAAAGGACUGUUAAUCAACAGUAGUCAAAAUUUAUAUACUUCUUAAUGCUUGUCCAAUCCUCAGUAGGACUGAGUUACCCAGACAUGGCACAUUUAGCAACUUCUUGUCUCUUUUGACACCAGUUUCCAGAAUUUUCCGUUAUUUACCUCCUGCCUAAAUCGGUAGAAAUGUUGCACCAGUGAGUCAUUAACUUCCAUGCUAUACUGAAUGCUCUAAUCCUGUAAUUUAUUCCAGUCGCUCAAUCAUGCUGUAUGAGGUCAAUUACAAAAUCACCUAUAGAGUGCACUGAUUGUUCUGUAUUAUCUGUGAAUACAAGUAGAACUCACAGUAAAGAAAGAACAGACAGAACAAUUCCAUGCUCUAAGUAAAGAACUAGCACAAGUUCUACAUAGCUUCAUUGCAUCCUUCGUUCCCACUCUUCUUCACAUUUCAGAAGUUCACUUUUGAGGUAUAUGCAGUAGUCUCGUUUGCUUUAUUUUCUUAUUUUACCCAGAAACAGCUAUUCCCAACGUAGAGUCAUUUCUCCUCCAACGUUAGUUAUGCCAUUUUUGAAAAUUUCUCAAUAUUAAACAUACCUCAGAAAUCAAUAUUAACGGUACCACAAACAUAUAAUUAGCCCCAGCGGUCCAAAACUUCCACCAUCUUCGUGUCUUCUGUGUUCAUUGCCAAUGCAGAUGUUAUUCUUCAUCAGAUUCAAGCAUUUUAUUCACUGUAACAUUUUAUGGGACAAUUUAGCUCUAAGUCGGCAAAAUUAACUAUCUUAUUUCAACUGUAGCUCUUACUGGUUUUUCUCUCUCUUUCUGCCUCUGUCUUCUUUGAUUUUUGCUUUAAUGUUACGCAUUCUCUUCUUUCUUCAGUCGAUUUAGACGUUUAACGCUAUGGAAUUAAUAUUAAUCAUUCUGCGAGAAGUGUGUGUUGGAUCUUCUUACAAGUAAAAGUACAGCUCUCACAGAUCAAGCUCGUUUUGGUUGUGUGAAGGACAUUACCGAAUAAACUUUGACUGGAUUUGCAGGAUUUACAAAGAAAUUAAUCUGCAUAUUGGACAUAUUUCUAUCAUUAAUCUAAGAUGAAAAAGAAAAGGGCUAUCUAUGUACAGGGACAGUGUUAAAAGAUAAUUUACUAUCAAAUUGCUAUGAUAUAUUUCACUGAUGAACAUUACACUAUAAUGUUCACAUGGCCGUUAUAUGCUAGUGAAAUUAUUAUGUCACCUACAUCUAUUUUCAUAACACAACAAUCCGUGAAGCACACAAAUUUUAUUCUCUGCAACAAUCCCUUUGACAUUAUAAGAAGCAAAUAGUAAGGUUAGUGACAGUUACCACUGUAAUUCUGGAAUGUGUAGACCACCAACAAACCACAAAUGAAUAUGAUUUGUCAUAUUUGGGAAGACUAUGAGACUAACAAUAAAUCAAAUAUGUAUGAAGUAGUGGACAAUCAUGUAAUAUUUACAGCCGUGAUGUACAAAGUCCCAAAGCUGUUUGCAAACAUCAGUGUCACAUGGACAAUAAUUAGUAUGAUGAUCAGGUCUAUGACACAUUGAAAUUUUCUGGUUUAUGGUUUUUGAAGAGCACAGUCAACAGACAGAGGUAGGUUAGAUGCAGCCAAAGGUUUUGUAACUGUACAAAAAUGUGCAUUAAACGUUGAUGAUUGUAAUAUUUUAGUAAU